UCGUGUCGGAACGUGGCGCUACGUUCUUCUGCUCAAGGAUACGCGAAAGUCCAAUCCGCUGGAGGAGCAAAACGCGGCGCAUCGAACCCACAAAACAAGCAAGCAAGCCAAACGUAAAAAAAAAGAAAUGAAGCAAAAGCACAACUGAUUCGGUCGAGUGUGCCUGUGCGAGAGUGUGUGAGUGCCGGAGUAUCUGUGUGAGUGGAUCGGUCCUGUGCUGUUUGGGCCAUUUAAUUUUAUUAGCGCUCCGCUAUGCGUCAUGAAAAUUGCGGGCAAAACACAGAAAUACAACAAUAAAUGAAAAAUUAAAUAUUAAUUAAAUUUUGCAUACGAAUCGAGCGGCGAGCGUUGCGAUUCCGCUGAUUGAAAUGUUAAAUAGAUAUUAAAAAUUAAUGGUGUAUUUCGGCCACACACACAGUCGUCGGUGUCCUUCUGCCGGAAAAGUCAGACUGAGCCGUGGCCCCGCAUACAAACGUACACAUCCUUACAACUACGUGUAUUGGCAUCUUGGCCAGCGGGAGUGCGUGUAUAUGACUUUAUUAAACUUGUAAGUGCCCAACUCGCGCGACCUUUUUCACAUUGUUUGUGGACUUUUCGACUGCUCCAGAUUUGCCAGCCAUUUGUUGUUGCACUUAUCGCGAUUGCCGCACGGAUUUCACCACCUGCAACCUGCCACCUGCCACCUGCCACCUGCAACGAAAAAAAAUUGAAAUCGGAAAAACAAUGCAACGAUUCGAGAACCUCGCACACUUCAGUCCAAGGCAACGGCAGCAACAUCGACGGCAGCAAAAUCAACAGCAGCAGCAAAAGCAAAAAGUUGUGCCCCGGGCAAAAAUUGAAAAUGAAACAACUUAAUUAGUAGUGGCCGGAGUCGAGAGCAAAAAGCCGCGCACUCCCAGAAUUCCGAAUCAGCCCAGCUGGAGGAAGUGGAGAAAGUGUAGGAGAAAGCCAGAGGUUCGGCGAAAUUUAGGUAAUACUUCUUCGAAGGAGCCAGCAGCUUCGAUAAAAGUGCUCGCGUGAGCGCACUUUUUUGGAGAAAAUUAAAUUGAAAACAGCAUCAGCGCAGAGGCGGUAAACACUCUGAAAUACGAUUCGAGCCUGCAUAUAAAUUGCUACACUUUACACAAUGGAUUUUCCAGCGAAAAGGACUUCCACAAUGCCCCUAACAACUUCCUACAACGCCAACAUCAGACGAAGCUGCAUGGCUUUGUUCACGCUCUUCCUGUUCGCGGCACACAUCAGUCUAACUUCCGGUCAAAUCGAUUGGGACGACGACGAUGAUCCAGUUUCAACAGUGUCCGUGGAGGCCGUUCUGGGACGAACCGCAUCCUUGCCGUGCGACAUCGAGCCGGAGGCGAAGGACGACCGGGUGUACAUGGUGCUCUGGUUCCGUGAGAGCGCCGGAAAGCCACUUUACAGCUUCGAUGUCCGGGGACGACCCUUCGAGAAGGCGCUCUACUGGUCGGACACCAACUCAUUUGGGCCACGUGCGUACUUCGUCACCGGACAGCAGCCGGCCAAGUUAUCGGUGGACAACAUCCAACUGGACGACGAGGGCGUUUAUCGCUGCCGCGUCGACUUUCAGAACUCGCCCACGCGUAAUCAUAGAAUUAACUUAACGGUUAUUGUUCCUCCGCAUCAGAUACUCGUGUACGAUGCCUCCGGACGCGAUGUUGCCGGAGCUGUGGGUCCAUUGCUCGAGGGCGAUAAUAUUGUGUUGACAUGUGAAGUGCGUGGCGGUCGUCCGGAGCCGACGGUGACCUGGCUGAACGGAACUCGGACCCUGGAGGCGGGCAGCGGAGUCUCGAUGGGCCGCCAUGUGACCGUGAACCGGCUGGAGGUGGCCCAAAUCUCGCGCUCCGCCCUGAACAACACGUACCGCUGCCAGGCGUCCAACACGAAGUUGGUGGCACCCGUGGAGCGCAGCAUCCGCAUCGAGAUGUUACUCAAACCGACGUCAGUCAAUUUAACCAAUAAGCUGAAAGUCUUCGCCUCGAACACGCAGUACAAUCUCACCUGUAUUGUGGCCGGCUCUGUUCCGGACACGGAAAUCAAAUGGACGCAGAAUAAUCGGCCCUUCAAACGUGGCCUGUUGUCGACGAACCAGGGCAACGGCAGAGUCAUAUCCACACUGACAUUCUAUCCACAGCCGGAGGACGAUGGCACCAUGCUCAAGUGCGAGGGCUCCAACCCACGGCUCCAGAACUCGGCCAUCGAGGACUCGCUCAUGAUGAAUGUCAUCUAUCCGCCGCAGGUCACCUUGUCGCUGGGCUCCACACUGCGUCCGGACGACAUCAAGGAGGGCGACGACGUCUACUUCGAGUGCCACAUCAAGUCCAAUCCCAAGGAGCAUCGCAUCAUGUGGUCGCACGACGGACAACCGGUCACCCAGAAUGUAUCCUGGGGCAUCAUCAUCUCCACCCGCUCCCUGGUCCUCCAGCGAGUGGGACGCAUCCACUCCGGGUUCUACGCCUGCUCGGCGGCCAAUGACCGCGGGGAAACUCAGUCCGCUCCGGUCAACUUGAGGAUUCGAUAUGCGCCAGUCUGCAGCAGCAGCUCCAUCACCGUGAUUGGAGCUUCCUUGGAGGAGGCGGUGCCCAUCCCGUGUCGCGUCAACUCGGAUCCGCCCGAAAUCGACUUCGAAUGGACCUUCUCCACCAGCGGCGAGCACUUCGAGGUGCCCUCGGGUCACUACGCCACCAUCCAGGACCCCACCAUGACCACCACCAGCGAUGUGAGGCGCACUGUCGUCGAGUCCAACGAGACGCACUUCGAGAGCUACGUGGAAACCGUCAGCGAGCUGAUCUACACGCCCAAAGGCGAACGGGACUACGGAACAUUGGCCUGUUACGGCCGUAAUGCCAUCGGAAAGCAGUCGGAUCCGUGUGUGUUCCAGGUGGUGCCAGCAGCCAAGCCGGGGGCACUGCGAAACUGUACACUCCGGCCGUAUGUGGUGACCUCCGCCUCGCUGAACUCAUCGAAUCAGACGACAAUGCAUGCCAAUCAGUUGCUGCCCACACAAUACGGCAGACACGAGUCGAAUUACCCGCACAUGGAGUACGUACGUGAGCGCCAUAACAGCAGUGGCAGCGGCAACAAUGGUAGUGCUCCUGCCACUGCCCGGAACAAUGUGGCCAAUAAAAAUAUGAGGACCGGCCAGGCCAAAUCCAAUAAUAAGCAGCUCAGUCAGCAGCAAGUACAGCGCCUCAAGAAGCGGACAUCAUUCACACCGUCGCAGACACUGGCGGCCAUCGAGCGGCAGCGCCAGAGAAAGCAGCAAUCGCAGCAGCAACAGCAGCAGCAGCAGCAACAACUCCAGGCCACUGCUGCCAUGUCCGGUAGCGAUAGCACACCUGAUGGAUCGCCCUCCAAGUCCUCCAAGUCGUCCAAGUCGUCGAAGCAGCGAAUGCGGCGUGCCAGCCGAGACCCGCAGCAACUGCAGCAGCAACAGCAACAGCAGCAACAGCAGCAGCAUGCAGCAACAUCAAUAACCAGCAGCCAGCGGAAGCAGGCAGAAUCAAAUUUAUCAACGUCGCAUCUAGGCAAAGGCAGCAGCAGCAGCAGCAGCAGGAGCAGCAGCAGCAACAUCAACAGCAAGAGUAACAAUGGCAAACAGCCAGCAAAGUAUUUUAAUAAGCGACAGAAAAACAUGCACAAACAAAAACAAAGGCAAUCGCAACAGCAAAAGCAAAAGCAACUGAAGGGAACAACAGACGAGCACAACAGCAAUAUAAUCCAUCAUUAUGCAACAUCCAGUUCGAGUUUGAGUUUGAGUUUGAGGCGAAGGAAGCGACUGGCAGCAAAUGACAUCUUGGCAACUGUGGCGGCGGCUUCCACAUCGGCAUCAUUAUCCUCCCCGCCCUCCUCUUCGGCUGCCUCAUUGGCUGCCACUGCCACGGCGGCGGUGGAAAUCGAGCAGGAUGUUGCUGCUGUUAAUACUGUUGCUGCUGCUGCGGCUGCUGCUGCCAGUGGCAGCAACAAUAAGCGGUCUCGCAAGUCCCUAACCAUCCUAGACAAACAGAAGCAGCAGCAGAAGCAGCAGCAACAGUUGCUGCCACCCAAUGCUCCGCAAAUAAGCAACCAGCCGGUAGCAGCAGCAAUUAGCGGCAACAAUGUCAGGGAAAGAGCAGCGACAUCGGCGCAAGGUGCAGUUGCAGCGGAAGUCAAGGACAAGGCGUCGUCCUCCAAGCAGGACUCCACUGGCAACGACAACGACAACGACAAUGAUGGUGAUGGUGAUGGUGAUGAGGACAACGACGACGACGACGAUGAUGACGAAGAUGGAGCAGAGAUGGAUGCUGAAACAGAGACUAAUGACGAGGAUGUGGACGAGGAUGGAGGGGCACAUGAUGACGACGCAGACCUGGAUGAAGAUGUUGCCCAGCUGGCCACCGAUGCCGAUUACUUGGCCGACGGUCCGGGCGAACUGGAGGACUACGAUACUGUGGAGGAGGACGGGGACAGGCGGGCGAAACAUGUGCACAUGCUGUCCCUGGAGGAGCAGCUGGAUCUGGAGUCGCUGGAGGACAACGUCGAGGAGGAGGAGGCCGGCGAUGAUGACGAGGGCGAGGUCGAUGAUAUGUACAAUGUUAGCGACGAUGACUUCGUUGCCAGUGUGGCUCUCUCCACAUCCGACACCACAGCCGCCACUCCGCUGCAACGGACAACAGAAGGACCUCACAUUAGGGAGCAGAAAACCAGCCAAGCCACCGACUCCGCUGCUGAUUGGCAGCUUCCUCAUUUCGACUACUCACGCAUGGAGUAUAGUUUCAGCAACGGAGUGGUCACCCAGAGUUUGCUGGGUGGCUCGGCAACUGGGCCUGCACAUGACGGCUUUGCUGGCGGCGGUACCAUAAAUUUCGACAACUACGACAACAUCAUCUACUCCACCAUGGAGCUCGAGUGCAUGCCAGGAUACGAUGGCGGACUGCAGCAGCAGUUCUUCCUGGAGGCCUACGACUCCAAGACCAAGAAGCUCCGGCUCAACAUGAGCAGCACCUACACGGAUGUGCCCGUCUUUCGGAUCGAUCUGUCAGAUCUAAUGCCCAUGGACUACUAUCCGGAUGCCCAUCCGGCCCUGCACCUGGUCGUCUACAGCGUCAAUCAGAAGGGUCGCUCGGAGCCUAUUGUCCUCGAGAAUGUGCCCAUCAAUGAGGCGGACAAGCGCUCAGAUGGCCGAAUGGGCCUGUCGAUCCUGCCCCUGGCUGCCCUCCUCGCCGGCACACUGUUCACCGUGGGCAUAGCGGUGCUAUCCGUGGUGGUCAUCGCAGUUCGCCGGCGCCGUGGCCAAGGAGCCCGCAACAUGUGCGAUGACAAGGACAAGCACCUGGGCAUGGAUGUGACGGUGACGGCGCCCCUGGAAACGGGAGCGGGCCACCAGCGCCUCGUGGUGGCCUACACCCUGAAGCAGGGCAUCGAGAAGCAGCCGGACAUAUUGAGCGCCCAGAAGAGUGCUCCAAGUGGCGGUGACGCCUCGUCACCGUUGGGAAAUCGGCCGAGUGGUUUGUUCGUCGGCGGAGGAGUUGGUGGUGGUGGUGCGGGCGGUGCAUCUGCCGCUCCCAUGACGGGCAGCACUGGUGGCCACAAAACCACGGAUUAUGAUGGCAAUGCGCCGCACCUGAACAGCCCGCCCUCGCAGUCCAGCACCUUGAAGCUGGAGAGUGAGCCGGCGGCGAGCAGUGGAAUGGUUAGUGCCCGGGGUGGAGGGAGCAAUCCACCGCUUCUGUACGACGCCAUGCCCACGCUGAGUCGCUACGAGCAGCUGGGCCUGAGCAUGGCCAGCUACUCCGCCGGAGCGGCGGGCACGGCGGGCACGGGGGGCAGCAGCAGCACCCUCAGCUCCGCCGGCAGCACGGUAAGCAAUGCGAUGGCCGCCAACGGAAAUCCAGGGCCGGGUGGCUAUGCCGCGCACCUGCAUCACACGUUGCCCCAUAACAUGGCUCCACAGCGAGGUCCGCACGAUCCGCUCUCUCUGGCCGACUACCUGACCACCAGCAGCCUCAUAGACUACGGCCUCAACAAGCCGCCCGCUGCCCACAUGACGCUGCCCAAGGGCAUGGGUCUGGGUCUGGGGAUGGGCGUGGGCGUGGGCAUGGGCGUUGGAGCAGGAGUGGGCGUGGGUCCUGGAAUGGGCAUGUCAUCCGCGAUGGCCGCCGGCACAAGCCUGUCGCCAUCGCAGCUGAACACCAUCACGCACAAGUCGGCAGCAGGACGCAACCACAUCAUCACGGACACACUGCCCGGGCCGGAGAGCUGCGUCUAAGAACCUGUCCUGUCCAUCAUCCUGGCAUGGAAACCAAAAGACUGGCGCACAGCAGUAGCCCAAAAACACAGCCGAAUCAGAGUGACAGUGAGCAACUAACUAGUCAUGUGAAGCUGCGGUCAAGUUUUUUUAGUUAAUGUUUAUAAAGUUUAUACGUUUACUGAUUCUGCAAGAUUACCAUAUCGAAAAAUAUCUCUUAAAACAUAAAGUACAUAUAUUUUGUUUUAAAAAUAUAUCAGUAAAUUCAAGAAACAUAUUAAAAGUUAAACUUUUGUAUUUGUAAAACAACAUAUAUCAAAUUCACGAACUAAACUAUAAACAAAAUCAUUUUUUGCUUCGAAGAAACACAUUUCAUUAAUUGUAAAGCGUUUUCUAAGCUCUAUGAUCUGAUUAAUAUAAGAUUGUUUUAAACUAGAAAUGAAAUGGAUAAUAUCAUUGUCAAAUCGAAAGUUGUUUAGGUUAAAUCUGUUGUAAAAUUAAAAUAUAUGUAAGAAAGCAAAUGUUGAGUUAGAUUGAAUGUAUUGAAAUUGUGUAAGUAAUCAUCCUCAACUGGUUUUAAGCACCUUUACCAAAUUCGAACUACCAACUUGACCGCAGUUGUAUAUGGAAACCCUGUUCGACAACGUCGCUUAGAAGUAAUUACUAGAUUUAUAGAAUUAGCUAAAGUACGACUAUGUAUAUGUAUUAUGUAAUGCGUGUGUCUGUGUCUCCGUUCGUUUGUAAAUGUUUAAGCUAAGUGUAACCAUAGAUGUACUUGUAUACUACAUAUAUCCUCUGACUGCUGUAAGUCGGAGCCCCUCCCAGCUUCAGCUCCAGCUCGGGCUCAGUCCUUAAUUUAGGGAGCGACCCGACCCACAAGGUGAAACUAAUCUUCCAGGCCCUGUACCCAACGAGACGCCGUGGUGCUGGGAGCAGGCCUCUUCACGAAAGAACAUAUCCCCCGGAAAAUCCCCGGAAUAUCCCCUCCAGCCGGAGCCGCACUAUUUGAACUGCCCUCUAGCAAUCGAGAUCAAAGUCGGGCGGAGCCGGAAAAAAAAGGCAAAGUUAUAUUGGACACGUCUUGCGCCAUUGCGUGCCCAGUGCUGGUCAUUAUUUAACUUUUAAACACGCACCAAACACAGCACCAGAUUUGAAUUUAAUGGUCACAGCAGUUGCUCCCGCUCCAGCUUCAGCUUCUCCAUUGGCAUCCCCAAACACCCAACACUGCCAUCAGCAGCAAACAGCAGCGAACAGCGGCCAACAAGUGAGCAAUAAAGAAAAGUUUAGAAAAAUAUCCCAGUCCCAAUCCAGUCCCAGUCCAGACUGCCGAAUCCAGAAUACCCCGCCACCAUGCCGGAAGAUAAGCUCACGAGCGAUUGAAUGGGUAUGGAACACAAUGAACAAGAACUGGGCACGGGCACGGAUUUGUGGAUUUUGUGCGCACGAUAGCGCAAAACGAUGACAAUAAAUGGAAAAGUUUUUAAUAAGCUAAUAAAAUGAUUUAUGCGGGUCGAGCAGAGGGAUAAAAGGCACCAAGUUCCACUUCCAAAUGGCCAUUUGAUGGGUCCGCCCGAUUCCCUGAACUUCACACACCUCAUUGACGGACGUUAACCAGUCGGACCUGAGUGCACACAACGAAUGUAUUCUUGAGCAUUACGAGUAUUUAAUUAUUGCAUAUUAAAUGGGUGCCGGCACCGCUCGAAGUUUUUGGGCAGUUCAAGUGGGUGCGUAACCGCCGCCGAUCGUCCCACUUUCAUUGGCAAUUGUUAUCAAGGCAUUAGCACAUCAGAAAUGCUAUACAACUACAUAUAUCAUAGACAAGGGCUAAACGACUAUAAGUGUUCAAACGUUUGUCAUAUCAGUUGGGCAAUUCUGACUUGACCUUCUAACAAACAAAAACCAUAAUGGGAAAAUCAAAUAUCUAUGCUAAAUCAUCGAUAGCGUUUAGUGAAAUCAAUGUAAUGUCAUAAUAUUGUAUUUAAAUAUAAAAGUUAUAGCAUCCAGGCGACUUGUAAAGGAAAUCGUAAACUUCCUCCAAGUUUAUUCAUAGGCAAAGUCCCUGCUGUAGAUAUCCAAAAUCGAGUGCGAGUAGUGAAAAUUUUAAAACGAUCCCUGUAGCAUCACACCACACCCAUGUCAAGAUCCGCAGAUACUAUUUUAUGAGCCUCAGAGAGGUAAAUGAUGUACAUAACAAACAUGCAAGCCCAAGUCCCAGAAACAGACACACAAAAAGAAACACAUCAUUGUAACUGACUACAUAUGUAAAAAUGCUUAAAAUAUUUGUGAUAAAGUAAUAAUGUUAAUGAUAAGGAAUAAAACGUAAAUAUAUUAAUGAGAAUACAUUGAGUUUGAAAUUAUGCAA